AUGGCGCGGAAGAAGGUGAGGCCGCGGCUGAUCGCUGAGCUGGCCCGGCGCGUGCGGGCCUUGCGCGAGCACCGGGAUCGGCCGCGUGACUCACAGCGUUUCGAGCUGGACUACGAGACGCUGACGCGGCCGCUAUCGGGCCACCGGCUGCCCCUGCGGGCCUGGGCCGACGUGCGCCGUGAGAGCCGCCUCUUGCAGAUCCUCAACCGCCUACCACUCUUCGGCAUUGGCCGCAUGGUCACGCGCAAGUCCUGGCUAUGGCAGCACGACGAACCGUGCUACUGGCGCCUCACGCGGGUCCGGCCCGACUACACAGCGCAGAACGUGGACCACGGGAAAGUUUGGGGCAUCUUGACCUUCAAAGGUGAGACAGAAAGGCACCCCCGGGAGAUUGAGCAGGUCAUGCACCACGACUGGCGACUGGUACCCAAGCACGAAGAGGCGGCCUUCACCGCUUUCACACCCCCCAGCAAGACCCCGCCCGUCUCUGUGCCUUACCCGCCCCUCCUCCGAGCCAUGAUUCUCGCUGAGCGGCAGAAAAGCGGGGACCCGAGCACUGAGGAACCCAUGCUGAAUCUGAACAGUGAAGGUUGCACACCCUGGGACUACCCUGCCAGACUGAAGUCGAAGCUCAAGGCCAAGGGCACCCCAGUAUAA